AUGUCGUUUAAUUAUUCUUUAAUUACUAAUGAAAAUUUUUCUGGUGAUGAUUUUUUAUUUUCGAAUCAUCGAACAUCUGUUAAUUGUAAUACGACUCGAAUUCUGGGCAUAUUUUUAUGUAUUGCUGCAUUGAUUGGUAUUGCUUUAAAUGGAACUCUAUUUUACAGUUUUAUACGAUAUAAGGCUCUUCGUUCACCACCAAACAUAUUUAUUAUGUGUAUUAUGGGAAUGGGACUUUUUGCUUCAUGUACAGUUCUUCCAUUAACAGGCACAUCUUUAAUUUCUUGUCGAUGGUUAUAUCAACGUGAAGGUUGUCAAUUGACUGCUCUUUUUUCAUUUUUCUAUGCAUGUUCAGGUUCGUAUUUGUUCUGUGGAGCAAGUCUUAGUCGAUGCUAUAUAAUAGUUCGACCAUUCCAAGUCAAUCAUAUUAAUAUGUCAAGCUGUUUGGUUUUUUCCUCUCUUGAAAUUCUUUUUGGUUUUAUUUGGAGUAUGUUACCACUUAUGGGAUGGAAUGAAUAUACAACAGAAAACGUUCAUACUUUUUGCAGUAUUAAUUGGUACGAUCGACGUACUUCUUAUAUUGCAUUUCUUUGGGUGUUUUUUAUUGUUGUAUAUUGCAUUCCACUUAUAAUUCUCACAAUUGCAAAUACAAUUACUUUACUUGAACUAAAACGAAUGCGCAAAAAAAUGGAACUUAGUGUUCAAAAUAUAUUUCAUCGGAAACGAAUUGAAACUGAACGACGCAUUCUUAUACGUAUUAUAAUUACAACAGUUGGCUUCUUUUUCACAUGGACACCUUAUGCUGUAGCAUUUUUCGUUUCGGCAUUGCGACGUAAAGAUUAUUUCAUACCACCAAUGACUAUUGUCUAUUGUGCCUGUUUCGCCAAAACAUCAGUUUUAUUUAUUCCAAUAUUUUAUUUUAGCAUAUCGACUCAGUUUCAAUUGAGGUUUGCUAAUCGAGAUACAUUAGGUGCAGCAAUAGAAAUCAUAAGAAUAGGUGCGGCAUCAUCAGCCCGUAUACUUAUAUUACCUCAAAACCAUGAUGAAAACUAA